AAAUUUUUUCUAAAUAUAUCUAAUUCCUUGAGGAAUUGUGGCACAUGUGUGCGAUAUUGGUAAAAUGGGAAAGAUGGAUUUUGCUGCUUCAUGCAUCUGAGAUAAUGCAAGACAGCUUUCCUCGCAUGUGUUAGUCGGCGACCAGCUCUAUUGCUGGAACAUCAUACUGGCUCUGGUCUGUGGUUACCAAAUAUUUCAUCUUGUGAUUAGUAUUGUUUUUAGUCAUCUUCAGCAAGUUUUGCUUCACAAAAAUUAAACAUGAUUCAGCCUGGGAUAACUUUGCUGCUGAUCUUAGCUGUAUUCAGUUCUAUCUGUCAACAAGCUCCUGCAACUAGCACUAGACAAUAUGAAUUGGGGACCACAUAUAGCUACCACUACACAGCUGCAGUAUUACUUAAUGAAGCACCACCACUAUUCUCCCAAAAUGCAACUAAAGCAAGAGGGACUGAUGUUGGAUAUCAAAUUACAGCAACAGUUGAAGUAACACCAGUAUGGCGGAACCCGUCAGAUGCCGCUCACAUGCUGUUUGAACUAUUGAUGUCAAGCCCGAAGCUUUCUGUACGGUCUCGAAAAGCCCAACAACCUGAUGGGUUUGUUGAUCACUCGUCGCCUUUGGAUGAUGCGCAAUCCACCCCUGUGUACAUCGACUGGAACGAUGGGCAAAUAUCUCAUAUUUACGCUUUUGAAUCUGAAUCUGUUUCCCUCAAGAACCUAAAAAAAGGCAUAGCUAGCCUUUUCCAACUUCAGACGUCGGGCAUUGAAAUUCAUGAACUUGAUGCUUCUGGAAAUUGCACCGCCACCUAUAACAGCCUAGGUGGCCGCACGUUUUUAAAAAUUAAAAGUAAUUGCCAAUUUCGAAGACCAACUUCGUCAUUUUCCCAGUCUCAGAAAAUCUUGGGUAUAGCGUCUGUCAGCAGCCAACAAACCAAAUUUAAUUUAAAAGGUGAUUCCGAUGUAAUGGACACGUUGACAUCGACUGAAGUGCAUGCCAUCAGAGUGAAGCUGCGCUCUCAAGCCGGAGCUUCUGUGAUUUCACGUCAGUAUCUUCGAUUGAACGGCGAGUCAAAAUCAAAUAAGAAGUUUCCUGCCGCAUCACUCGCUAAAGCGGUCAAUUCAAUUAUGAUGAGUACAAAUGUAAACCUUAUCGAAGAUAAUCUUCAACUCGUGGAAGAAUCGGUAGACGCCUGUGAAACUUCGUCUUGCAAAAACCUUAAAAAAGCUGUUAAUGAUCUGAGAAAAAACCUUCAAACCUCAAAUGUUGCGAAGCCUUCUGGCGCCGGUGCAUUCGGCAAACUUUUACCCAUUGUCCGGCGGUCAUCAAAAGUUGAUAUUUUGGCUUUGUUGAAAGAUUCCAAGAACAAACCUAUUUUACCUCAGCUGAUGGACGUUGUGGCAGCGGCUCAAACCGCUGAAAGCUUCACUGCUGCUCUAGAGGCAAUCAACUUUCAAUCUCAAGACAUUGAUCUGGCUGAACGAUUUCUACAGGUGGUUUCUUUAUCGACCCAUCCCUCUGAAGAUAUUCUUCAAGGUUUGUUACAACUCUCAAGGAAAAUCAAGUCAGAAAAGCUCAGCGAAACAGCAUUACUGAGUUUGGCUGCUGUAACGAGAACUUUUGCUUCAAAUCCGGAGAAAGCGGGCAGUCCGUUGGUGGCAAAGAUCCACAAAUACGUUACCGACAACUUGGAAGCUUGUUCCAAUGAAGACUGUAAACAACUGUAUAUGCGAGUUCUAAGAAAUUUAGGCUCAAUAGAAAUGCUGCCCAUUCUAUUAGCUCACAUUGACAGUAGUGACAAGAAGACUUCAGUUUGGGCAGUCAAAGCUGUCAGAGCUCUUCCCGCAUCCAUUUUCCUCGAUGGCCGCGUCAAAGAAAAACUGCAGCGAGUUUACUUCCAAAUAGGCCGCCGUUACGACUCGAGCGCUCGCACAUUGGCAUUGGAUACGUUACUCGAACAUGAACCUGACGAAGCCUUUCUUCUUGAGGUUUUGACUUCUCUUUCGAUGGGAGGCAGCGAAAAUUUAGAACUAAACACCUACACCUUGCAACGAUUGCAAGAAUAUGCUGAAAACGAUCCAAUUUUACACUCGAAACUAAAACAACUCUUAUCAGAUCGACCGUCUCUAAAUACUUACCACGUGUUUGCCCAAAACGGGAUGUCGACUACUUUUUCUCGCGUUCUUUAUCGCAACAUUGAUGGGAAUGGAACUUUCAGUUCUUCCACUGAAGCGGUAAACAAAAUGAUGAAGCGUGCUGCGUUUGAUGUCUACGUGCGCAAUUCCGAAGAUGCCUUUCAAUUACUCUCGGUUGGUCUUUUUACUGGAGGGCUGGGUUCCCUAAUGGGGUUUUCUAGCACAGAAGGUGAAGAAGAAGAAGAAGCUACGGCUGGAAUGGAAGUUACACUUGCGGGCGUCCAGCUCAGACCUAUUGUUUUCUUUACUGGUCAAGGCGAGCUAAUGGGUCACGUUUGGUCAGGAACAGCGUCCGAAAGAACCACUGCUCUGCAGGCAACUGUGCUGCUUCAAGAUCACCGUCAAGCAGUAGUACUACAAAGCGGUUUCAUCGCUGUAUUAGAUAUUCGUGGAUCUGUUUCUUUUGAUUUCGGAGGAGAGAUCCAAAUCAGUAUUUGGAACAGAAACUCGCAUUCAGUUGUGGAAGAUAUCGCUGCGUGGCAACUGGAUGGAUCAUUGAGAUUAGAUACACCUUUUGUUAAAUCUUCCGUUGAUUUCACGACGAGCGCCGCCUCCCGUGUCGAUUUCGUGAAUGACGUCAGCUUCGCUAAUGGGAUUCUUUUAUGCUUGCGUAUGGGUCAAGCCGAGUUCCAUAUAAAUUACACUGUACAAAAGCGUGAAAGCAUUCCGGGCACUAAGCAUUGGAUUCAUAAGAAGAAAAAACGUAAGGAUUUUAUCCCGGGUCGCACGUUUAAGCUGAAUGACCAAAAUUCUGGCUUUUGUAAUGAAAUGUUUCCUAAAACAUAGAAUGGAUCAUCAUUAAAAAAAAAACCGUAUAGUCUCAAUGCCGGUCUGUUAAGUAAGUUCUAGGGUCCAAAGAUGCUCAAAUGAAGCUAAGUGGUUUAAGUAGUUUACAACAUGAUGGUUAUAAACAAAAAUUAAAAAAAAAACUGUGGCAAUGUGAAAAAUGUGUUUGUUGCUGAAUAAACCUGGAUAUGUUCCAUUAAAACAAA